CAUUUCGCUGCAUGUUUUGUUUACAUUUUCUAGAAGAAGUACGUGCUCCGGUGCUGAGGGAUUUGUUUUUAACAAAAGAAUGACAUCAUCCAUAAUUUUGGCUGGUCUGGGCCUUGCUGUAGUUGGCUACGGGGGCCGUGCGCUAAUGCGUCAAAUGCCAAAUGCAGCUACAAAAAUGCAAGAAGCUCUCAAAAACCUCCCUAAAUUCGAUGCGGAAAUGAUGGCAAACUCGAAGUACUAUCGCGGUGGUUUUGAACCAAAAAUGAAUAAACGAGAAGCUUCUCUCAUCCUCGGCGUAAGUCCAUCUGCAUCCAAGGGAAAGGUUAAGGACGCACAUAAGAAAAUUAUGUUGCUGAACCAUCCUGAUCGCGGAGGUUCUCCAUAUUUAGCAGCCAAGAUAAACGAAGCGAAGGACUUCCUUGACAAUACAAAGUAAAUCGAGAUUAAACUAAAAAAAUUGUACAAAAAUCGUUGGGAAGAUAAAAUAGCACGUUAGUAGCAUAAGUACGUAAAAUGUUUGAAUUUCAUUUCCAAAUAAUAUGUUUGAAUACUAUGUAUUAUAGUUGCGAUGCAAUAUAGUUAAAACAUAAUUAUACGGUAGUAGCGGUUGUUCAUCAAUUUUACUACUAUUAAAAUUUCUUGGAAUCUUUGAUUCUAAGCGUGAUAAGCUAGAUUAAAGGAAUUAUAUCUAUAACAAAUCUUUUUAGAUGUUUGAAACCUAACUUC